GUCUCUGUUUUACCUUUUUAACCCCUAGAAGAAUCGUCCUUUAACUUCAGUGCCCCCUCUCUUACUUUUCCCAUCUCUCUCUCUCUCUCCUCUGUUUCUUCGCCAUUCUCUCAGCCUUUCUCUCGCCUUUGUCAGAGUGAAAUGGAGCUGUGGACAGAAGCUAGAGCCCUAAAGGCAAGUCUAAGAGGAGAGUCUACUACUUCAUCUCUCAAGCAUCAUCAAGUGAUUGUCUCCGAAGAUUUAAGCCGAACUUCUUCUUUGUCCGAAGAUUUCGCCGUUGAGUGUUUCCUCGAUUUCUCAGAAGGUCAACAACAACUUAAAGAAGAAGAAGAAGAACUUGUCUCUCUUUCUUCUUCUCAAGAAGAACAAGAACAAGAACAAGAUUGUAUCUUUAGUUCACAACCUUGUCUCUUUGAUCAACUUCCUUCUUUGCCGGAUGAAGAUGUGGAAGAGCUUGAAUGGGUAUCUCGUGUUGUGGAUGAUUGUUCUUCACCAGAGGUUUCACUUCUCUUCACACAAACCCACAAAACCAAACCAAACUUCUCAUCUCGAAUCCCGGUUAAACCAAGAACCAAACGGUCUAGGAACAGUCUAACAGGAGGUCGUGUUUGGCCACUCGUUUCAGCCAAUCAUCAACAACAUGCAGUAGCAGCAACAGAGAAGUGGAGGAAGAAGAAACAAGAAACGGCGGCCGUUGUGUUUCAACGAAGAUGCAGCCAUUGUGGCACAAACAACACGCCACAGUGGAGAACCGGUCCGGUUGGUCCUAAAACGUUAUGUAAUGCAUGUGGAGUCCGGUUUAAGUCAGGUAGGCUCUGUCCCGAGUACAGACCGGCGGAUAGUCCGACGUUCUCUAAUGAGAUUCACUCGAAUCUUCAUAGGAAGGUUCUGGAAUUGAGAAAGAGUAAAGAGUUGGGUGAAGAAACAGGUGAAGCUAGUACUAAAAAAUCAGACCAAGUCAAAUUUGGCAGCAAGUGGUUAGAUAAGACUUAGGUAAAACCUACUUUUUUUGUAACAUUAUCUCUUGUAGUCUUGUAAUUUAACAACUUGCUUCAUAACAAUUGAAGCUGUUUCAGGAAUUAAUUAGUCUUAAAAAAAAGGUUUUAUGUAAACAAAAUCUUUUUUUUCUUUUCUUCUAAUGAUGUAAGACCACCACCACCACUACUACUUAGAAUGAUUCAGGUCCAUGUGUAGUGGCUUAUAUAGACUUUUUGAA